GCCGCGGGCAGCACAGGCCGGGCCGCAUCCCCGUCCCCGCGCCAGCCGCCCGCGCCCGCCAUGCGCGCCCCGCAGCGGCCCGCGCGCCCGGGCCCCGCGUCGUAGCGCGGCGGGCGGAGACCACAGGCUCCUAGCCGGGCCCGCCGCGUCCCGGAGCCCCAUCGGUGCCGCAGCCCGGCGCCAGCGCCCGGUGCCGCCGCCGGCGAGCUCCCUCGAGUCUUUGAGGACACAGCCUCCUGGUGGAAGUUUCUGGCACCUGUGACGAGGUCGCCUGCCAGCAGAUGACCAAGACCGGCCCUUAGUCCUAGCCCUGGUCAAGAGUGUAUUGGGCUCUAAAGCCUGCCUGGACUGUACCACCAUGUCAGGAUCCACGCAGCCUGUGGCACAGACGUGGCGGGCUGCUGAGCCCCGCUACCCUCCCCAUGGCAUCUCCUACCCGGUGCAGAUAGCCCGGCCCCACACGGACGUGGGGCUGCUUGAGUACCAACACCACCCUCGUGAUUACGCCUCGCACCUGUCACCGGGCUCCAUCAUCCAGCCGCAGAGGCGGCGGCCCUCACUGCUGUCUGAGUUCCAGCCUGGGAGUGAAAGGUCUCAGGAGCUCCACCUGCGCCCUGAGUCUCGCACCUUCCUGCCUGAGCUGGGCAAGCCUGACAUAGAAUUCACAGAGAGCAAGCGUCCUCGCCUGGAGCUACUGCCUGAUACCCUUCUGCGCCCGUCGCCCCUGCUGGCCACUGGGCAGCCCAGUGGGUCUGAAGACCUUACCAAGGAGCGUAGCCUGGCCGGCAAGCUGGAGCCCGUGUCACCCCCCAGCCCGCCACACGCUGACGCUGAGCUGGAGCUGGCGCCAUCUCGGCUGACCAAGGAGGAGUUGAUCCAGAACAUGGACCGUGUGGAUCGAGAGAUCACCAUGGUGGAACAGCAGAUCUCCAAGCUGAAGAAAAAACAGCAACAGUUGGAGGAGGAGGCCGCCAAGCCUCCUGAACCUGAGAAGCCGGUGUCGCCACCACCCAUAGAAUCAAAGCACCGCAGCCUGGUCCAGAUCAUCUACGACGAGAACCGGAAGAAAGCUGAAGCUGCUCAUCGGAUCCUGGAAGGUCUGGGGCCGCAGGUGGAGCUGCCUCUGUACAACCAGCCGUCUGACACACGCCAGUACCAUGAAAACAUCAAAAUAAACCAGGCGAUGCGGAAGAAGCUGAUCCUGUACUUCAAGCGGAGGAACCACGCACGCAAGCAGUGGGAACAGCGCUUCUGUCAGCGCUAUGACCAGCUCAUGGAGGCGUGGGAGAAGAAGGUAGAGCGCAUUGAGAACAAUCCGAGGAGGAGGGCCAAGGAGAGCAAGGUGAGGGAGUACUACGAGAAGCAGUUCCCGGAGAUCCGCAAGCAGCGGGAGCUGCAGGAGCGCAUGCAGAGCAGGGUGGGCCAGCGCGGCAGCGGGCUCUCCAUGUCGGCUGCCCGCAGUGAACAUGAGGUUUCUGAGAUCAUCGAUGGCUUGUCAGAGCAGGAGAACCUGGAGAAGCAGAUGCGCCAGCUGGCCGUGAUCCCGCCCAUGUUGUAUGAUGCGGACCAGCAGAGGAUCAAGUUCAUCAACAUGAACGGGCUCAUGGAUGACCCCAUGAAGGUGUACAAGGACCGCCAGGUCACCAACAUGUGGAGCGAGCAGGAGAGGGACACCUUCCGCGAGAAGUUCAUGCAGCACCCCAAGAACUUUGGCCUGAUUGCCUCAUUCCUGGAGAGAAAGACAGUGGCGGAGUGUGUCCUCUAUUACUACCUGACCAAGAAGAAUGAAAACUACAAGAGCUUGGUGAGGCGGAGUUACCGGCGCCGUGGCAAGAGUCAGCAGCAACAGCAGCAGCAACAGCAACAGCAGCAGCAGCAGCAGCAGCAGCAGAUGGCACGGAGCAGCCAAGAGGAAAAGGAGGAGAAGGAGAAGGAGGCCGACAAGGAGGAGGAGAAGCAGGAUGUGGACCAUGAGAAAGAAGAGCUCAGCAAGGAGAAGACUGAUGACACUUCUGGGGAGGACAAUGAUGAGAAAGAGGCUGUGGCCUCCAAAGGCCGCAAAACUGCCAACAGCCAAGGCCGCCGCAAAGGCCGCAUCACCCGCUCCAUGGCCAACGAGGCCAACCACGAGGAGGCUGCCACCUUGCAGCAGAGUUCGGAGCUGGCGUCUGCACGUGCACAGAGAGAAACUACACCUGACAAGAAUAUAAGAGAUUCCAGGAGCCUAGAACCUGGACGCGGGCGGAGCUCAGGACUGGGAAAAGCUUCCAUGGAGAUGAAUGAGAGUUCUCGAUGGACUGAGGAGGAGAUGGAGACAGCGAAGAAAGGCCUCCUCGAACAUGGGAGAAACUGGUCAGCCAUCGCCCGCAUGGUGGGCUCCAAGACCGUGUCCCAGUGUAAGAACUUCUACUUCAACUACAAAAAGAGGCAGAACCUGGAUGAGAUCCUUCAGCAACACAAGCUAAAGAUGGAGAAGGAGAGGAAUGCACGGAGAAAGAAAAAGAAGACCCCAGCAGCAGCAAGUGAGGAGACAGCCUUCCCACCUGCCGCUGAGGACGAGGAGAUGGAGGCUUCAGGCGCAAGUGCCAAUGAGGAAGAGCUGGCUGAGGAGGCAGAAGGCUUACAGACCUCUGGGAAUGAGGUUCCCAGAGUUGGGGAGUGCAGUGGCCCAGCCGCUGUCAACAACAGCUCUGAUACAGAGAGCGUCCCAUCCCCACGCUCGGAGGCCACCAAGGAUGCUGGGCAAAAUGGGUCUAAGCCCACUGGCACUGAAGCAUUGCCUGCUGCCACCCAACCACCCAUUCCUCCACCAGAAGAACCCGCAGCACCUCCCGCUGAGCCUUGCCCGGCCCCUGAUGCCAUUGGUCCACCAUCCCCAGUGGCUCCCCCAUCACCUGCUGCCACCACCGCACCCCCGGCUGCUGUUGCCAAGGAUGAACAAGAAGACCAGGCUGCUGCAGUUCCCCAGACAGAGGACGCCAAGGAGCAGAAGCCUGAGGCUGAGGAACUGGUGAUCAAUGUGGGAAAGACAGAGGAGCCUGAGGCCCCUGAGGAGCCACCCAGGAGUGUGAAGAGUGAGCACAAGGAAGAAGCUGAGGAGGAGACUGAAGACAAGGCCAAGGGCCCGGAGGCCAUCGAGGCUGUGUCGGAAGCUCCGCAUAAGGUGGAAGAGGCUGCAGGUGGAAGCAAGGUCGGCGCCACCAAGGCCUCCAGCUCGGGCACCACCCAGGACAGCGACUCGAGCGCCACCUGCAGCGCAGACGAGGUGGACGAGCCUGAGGGAGGUGACAAGGGCAGGCUGCUGUCACCAAGGCCCAGCCUCCUUACCCCAGCCGGCGAUCCCCGGGCUAGUACCUCGCCCCAGAAGCCGCUGGACCUGAAGCAGCUGAAGCAACGAGCGGCCGCCAUCCCCCCCAUCCAGGUCACCAAGGUCCAUGAACCCCCCCGGGAGGACACAGUGCCCCCAAAGCCAGCUCCCCCUGUGCCUCCACCCACGCAGCACCUACAGCCAGAGAGUGACGUGUCUCAGCAGUCGGGAGGAAGUCCACGUGGCAAGAGCCGGAGCCCAGUGCCUCCCACUGAGAAAGACGCAGAGAAACCCUCAUUCUUUCCAGCCUUCCCACCUGAGGGCCCGAAGCUACCUACUGAGCCCCCACGCUGGACAUCGGGCCUACCCUUCCCCAUCCCUCCACGGGAGGUGAUCAAGACUUCCCCACACGCCCCAGACCCCUCUGCCUUCUCCUACACACCUCCUGGCCACCCACUGCCUCUGGGCCUCCACGAUAGUGCCCGGCCCGUCCUGCCACGCCCCCCCAUCUCUAACCCUCCACCCCUCAUCUCCUCUGCCAAGCAUCCCGGCGUACUGGAGAGGCAGCUAGGUGCCAUCUCCCAGCAGGGAAUGUCAGUGCAGCUUCGAGUGCCCCACUCAGAGCAUGCCAAGGCCCCCAUGGGCCCUCUCACCAUGGGGCUGCCUCUUGCUGUGGACCCUAAGAAGUUGGCCCCCUUCAGUGGAGUGAAGCAGGAGCAGUUGUCCCCUCGGGGCCAGGCUGGGCCACCCGAGAGUCUGGGAGUGCCCACUGCUCAGGAGACCUCUGUGUUGAGAGGGACGGCACUGGGUUCCACUGCCAGUGGAAGCAUCACCAAGGGCCUCCCCAGCACCCGGGCUGCAGACGGCCCCAGCUACCGCGGCUCUAUUACCCACGGCACGCCAGCGGACGUCCUCUACAAAGGUACCAUCAGCAGGAUUGUCGGUGAGGACAGCCCAAGUCGCCUUGACCGGGCACGGGAGGACACCCUGCCCAAGGGCCAUGUCAUCUACGAGGGCAAGAAGGGCCACGUCCUGUCUUACGAAGGUGGUAUGUCCGUGUCACAGUGUUCCAAGGAGGACGGCAGGAGCAGCUCAGGCCCACCCCACGAGACUGCCGCCCCUAAGCGCACCUACGACAUGAUGGAGGGCCGCGUGGGCAGGACCAUCACCUCAGCCAGCAUCGAGGGACUCAUGGGUCGUGCCAUCCCUGAGCAGCACAGCCCCCACCUCAAGGAGCAGCAUCACAUCAGAGGCUCCAUCACACAAGGCAUCCCAAGGUCCUAUGUGGAGGCCCAGGAGGACUACUUACGUCGGGAGGCCAAGCUCUUGAAGCGAGAGGGCACACCACCACCCCCACCACCGCCACGGGACCUGACCGAGACCUACAAGACCCGGCCGCUGGACCCUCUAGGUCCCCUGAAGCUGAAGCCAGCUCAUGAGGGUGUGGUAGCAACUGUGAAGGAGGCAGGCCGCUCUAUUCAUGAGAUCCCCCGAGAGGAGCUGCGCCGCACACCUGAGCUACCCCUGGCUCCACGGCCUCUCAAGGAGGGUUCCAUCACCCAGGGCACGCCACUCAAGUAUGACUCCGGGGCGCCCUCCACUGGCACCAAGAAACACGAUGUGCGCUCCAUCAUCGGCAGCCCCGGCCGGCCUUUCCCUGCCCUGCACCCACUGGACAUGAUGGCUGAUGCCCGGGCGCUGGAGCGUGCCUGCUAUGAAGAGAGUCUGAAGAGCCGGUCGGGGACCACGAGUGGAGCAGGGGGUUCCAUCACACGUGGAGCCCCAGUCGUUGUGCCUGAGCUGGGCAAGCCACGGCAAAGCCCACUGACCUACGAAGACCACGGCGUACCCUUCACCAGCCACCUACCACGUGGCUCGCCUGUGACUACUAGGGAACCCACGCCACGCCUUCAGGAAGGCAGCCUCCUAUCCAGCAAGGCGUCCCAGGACCGGAAGCUGACGUCAACACCCCGGGAGAUCGCCAAGUCUCCACAUAGCACUGUGCCGGAGCACCACCCCCACCCCAUCUCCCCCUACGAGCACUUGCUCCGGGGCGUAAGUGGUGUGGACCUGUACCGUGGCCACAUCCCACUGGCCUUUGACCCCACCUCCAUACCCCGAGGGAUCCCUCUGGACGCAGCAGCUGCAGCCUACUACCUGCCCCGGCACCUGGCCCCCAGCCCCACCUACCCCCACCUGUACCCGCCUUACCUCAUCCGCGGCUACCCCGACACCGCGGCCCUGGAGAACCGCCAGACCAUCAUCAACGACUACAUCACCUCACAGCAGAUGCACCACAACGCUGCGUCUGCCAUGGCCCAGCGUGCUGAUAUGCUGAGGGGUCUGUCGCCCCGGGAGUCCUCACUGGCCCUCAAUUAUGCUGCUGGCCCCCGAGGCAUUAUCGACCUGUCCCAAGUGCCACACCUGCCCGUGCUGGUGCCACCAACGCCAGGCACCCCCGCCACCGCCAUUGACCGCCUUGCCUACCUCCCCACGGCACCCCCGCCCUUCAGCAGCCGCCACAGCAGCUCACCACUGUCCCCAGGAGGCCCCACUCACCUGGCUAAACCAACUGCCACAUCUUCAUCGGAGCGUGAACGGGAACGUGAGCGAGAGCGGGACAAGUCCAUCCUCACGUCCACCACCACAGUGGAGCAUGCACCCAUCUGGAGACCUGGUACGGAGCAGAGCAGCGGGGCUGGGGGCAGCAGCCGCCCCGCCUCCCACACCCACCAGCACUCGCCCAUCUCCCCCCGGACCCAGGACGCCUUGCAGCAGAGGCCCAGUGUGCUGCACAACACGAGCAUGAAGGGCGUGGUCACCUCCGUGGAACCCGGCACGCCCACGGUCCUGAGGUGGGCCAGGUCCACCUCCACCUCUUCGCCUGUCCGCCCAGCUGCCACAUUCCCACCUGCUACCCACUGCCCACUCGGUGGCACCCUUGAAGGGGUCUACCCUACGCUGAUGGAGCCCGUCCUGUUACCCAAGGAGACCUCUCGGGUUACCCGGCCUGAGCGGCCCCGUGUGGACACUGGCCAUGCCUUCCUCGCCAAGCCCCCAGCCCGGGAGCCUGCCUCCUCACCCAGCAAGAGCUCCGAGCCCCGAUCCCUAGCACCCCCCAGCUCCAGCCACACAGCCAUCGCCCGCACCCCAGCAAAGAGCCUUGCACCCCACCAUGCCAGUCCGGACCCGCCGGCGCCCGCCUCAGCCUCAGAUCUGCACCGAGAAAAGACUCAAAGUAAACCCUUUUCCAUCCAGGAAUUGGAACUCCGUUCUCUGGGUAAGACCACCCUGACAGCGGCCACGUUCAUAGACGCAAUAAUCACGCGUCAAAUUGCUCACGAAAGGGGGCCGCGAGAAGGAGGUUCGCUGGCCAACGACUCCCCUGGCGACGGUUACCACAGUGGAGCUGGCUACAGCCCUGAUGGGGUGGAGCCCAUCAGCCCCGUGGGCUCACCCAGCCUGACCCACGACAAAGGUCUGUCCAAACCUCUGGAAGAGCUAGAGAAGAGUCACUUGGAGGGUGAGCUGCGGCACAAGCAGCCAGGCCCCAUGAAGCUCAGUGGGGAGGCUGCCCACCUUCCGCACCUGCGGCCACUGCCCGAGAGCCAGUCCUCAUCCAGCCCACUCCUCCAGACUGCCCCGGGCAUCAAAGGUCACCAGCGGGUGGUCACCUUGGCUCAGCACAUCAGUGAGGUCAUCACACAGGACUACACACGCCGCCACCCGCAGCAGCUCAGCGGCCCCCUUCCUGCCCCUCUCUACUCCUUUCCUGGAGCCAGCUGCCCUGUCCUGGAUCUCCGCCGCCCACCCAGUGAUCUCUACCUCCCACCCCCCGACCAUGGCACCCCAGCCCGAGGGUCCCCCCACAGUGAAGGGGGCAAAAGGUCCCCAGAACCCAGCAAAUCCUCAGUCCUGGGCAGCACCGAGGAUGGCAUUGAGCCUGUGUCCCCCCCAGAGGGCAUGACCGAGCCAGGACACUCCCGGAGCACCGCAUACCCACUGCUGUAUCGGGACGGGGAACAGGGGGAGCCCAGGAUGGGCUCCAAGUCUCCAGGCAACACCAGCCAGCCGCCAGCCUUCUUUAGUAAGCUGACCGAGAGCAACUCCGCCAUGGUGAAGUCUAAGAAGCAAGAGAUCAACAAGAAACUCAACACCCACAACCGGAACGAGCCAGAAUACAAUAUUGGCCAGCCUGGGACGGAAAUCUUCAACAUGCCCGCCAUCACUGGAACAGGCCUUAUGACCUGUAGAAGCCAGGCGGUGCAAGAACACGCCAGCACCAACAUGGGGCUAGAGGCCAUUAUUAGAAAGGCACUCAUGGGUAAAUAUGAUCAGUGGGAAGAGCCCCCGCCGCUCGGCGCCAAUGCUUUUAACCCUCUGAAUGCCAGUGCCAGUCUGCCCGCUGCCGCUAUGCCCAUAACCACUGCUGACGGACGGAGUGACCACGCGCUCACCUCGCCAGGUGGUGGUGGAAAAGCCAAGGUUUCUGGCAGACCCAGCAGCCGCAAAGCCAAGUCCCCAGCCCCAGGCCUGGCAUCCGGAGACCGACCACCUUCUGUCUCCUCAGUACACUCGGAGGGGGACUGCAAUCGCCGAACACCACUCACCAACCGUGUGUGGGAGGACAGGCCCUCAUCUGCAGGCUCCACGCCAUUCCCCUACAACCCUUUGAUUAUGCGGCUACAGGCGGGUGUCAUGGCUUCUCCGCCCCCACCUGGCCUUGCCGCAGGCAGCGGGCCCCUGGCAGGUCCCCACCACGCCUGGGAUGAGGAGCCGAAGCCACUGCUGUGUUCACAGUACGAGACACUCUCAGACAGCGAGUGACCCCAAACUGUGGGGGGGGAACAGUGCCAGAUCCUUGCAUGAGGCCAAAGCAGCCCAGCAUGGAGCAGACAGCUGCCGACUCCCCCCACUGAGGAAGGCGUCCCUGAGUCUGCCUGCGCGUCCAUCCAUCCGUCCACCCAUCUGUCCAUCCAGAGCUGGCAUCCUGCCUGUCUAAAGCCUUAACUAAGACUCCCACCCGGGCUGGCCCUGCGCAGUGACCUUACUCAGGGGAUGUUUACCUGGUGCUCGAGAGGGGAGUGGACAGGAGAGGAGGACAGCGGGCCGGGAGGGGGUACAGUGAUCAUGUGUCAGUUGCACGCAUGCCUCUGGGGCAGCAGGGACCCAACGCAGGAUGACCAGGCACCUCCACGCCACUGCCUCACCCCCUAACGCAUUUGGAACCAAAGUCUAAGCUGAGCUCGCGGCCCUGCCCCUCCCUCCGCCCCCAGCCCGCUCGCGCUCUGGACAGACGUUCCCAGCUUAUUCUGCCCCAACGCUGUCAUCGCAGUCCCCAAAGGCCACCCAGCCCACAAGACUGGGAGCCCACCAAAGCAGGUGGGUGCACAAGGAGCCAGGCCUGGCCUGGGGCACGGAUGUCGGUAGGAACUGGACCGUUCCCGGCCGUCGCUGCAGCGAUGGGAGGGAGGGAAGGUGGUGUAAAUGGUGUUGGCUUACAGGGUAUAUUUUUGAUACCUUCAAUGCGUUAAUUCAGACGAUUCACACAAGGACUCCCCCGUGUUACUGCCGCUGUGCUUUGGUCUCUGCUUACCGUUCCAGAGGCGUGUGCCGGCCAAGGCGGUUACCCCACCAUACGCAGGACUGGGGGCAGGGUGACGGCACACAGCACAGCGCCCUCCCCCCUCCCUUCCUUGGGCAGAAUGGACUUGAUGCAUAUUCUGUGGCCGCCCUCGUGCACGGCGGCAUUCUGUCAUUUACACGUUGUUCCAAUUAAAAAGCAAAUUAUACUCAA